AUGCUGUCCUUCCUUCGACCAACUCAGCCUCGGCGCACAGACAUAUCGAAACUCAAUCCUAUCCCCUUUGAAGAUGGCCGCUCGGUCGUCAAGUUCCACCCACCGGGUUCGUCCUUUGCCAUGACACACACCAUACCACCUACGACGCCGGGGAACGGGCCGUCGAUUCUUCAGCCUCCAUUCCAUUACCACAUCUCCCAAGCCGAAAGCUUCGUUGUUCGAUCUGGCAGGGGCGGAUUCUGGCUGGGGACCAGUGCCGAACCAUUCGUUACCCUCUCCACAGACCUUGGACAGUCGUCGACGGCCGCAAUCCCGCCGAAGCGCCGUCACAAAUUCGAAAAUGCGUCGCAGACGGAUCCUCUCGUGGUGGACGUCCGACUGGACCCAGAAAAACACGAUCAGGAGCAGCGUUUCUUCCGCAACUUCUUUGGAUAUCUGGACGAUUGUCGCAAAGCCAACUCUGCACCCAGUCUUUUCCAGCUCAUGGUUUUCCUGCACGCCGCAGACACGCCACUCGCGCUGCCCGUGCCCAACGAAACGCUAGCAUUCUGGGUCAGCAGAGCAUUUCUGAUCGUGAUGGCGUUCUGGGGACGGUGGAUGCUGGGAUACAAAGAUAGCUACCCGGAGUAUUACGAAACACCCAAGUCGAAAUGA